ACCCGGAAGAAAAGAUCUAGUCUCAGUAUCAGGCUUUUCGAAGAAGAUCUAAGCAUAGUUAAUGGGGAUGAGUUUAGACGCUGCAGUGAGCGUAUUAACCAGAGCUGUGGAGCUUGAUCAAGCUCAAAGCUAUUCGGAGGCAUUGGUGUGCUAUCAAGAAGGUCUAACCUUGUUGAUGAACGUUCUAAAAGACACAACAGAUGACACGCAGAAGGUACACUACCGUGCAAAGAUGGAGUCCUACAUUGAGCGCGCAGAAAAGCUGAAAAAAUUGGUCAGGGAACAGCAAGAAGCGGGAACUUUUCACGAAAAAAUCAAUAUCAAGGAGGAAUCCACUGGAUACAGCUAUAGACGCGUGUUUGAGAAAUACUUGGAGGGUAAUGUGCAAGAAGUUGUAGUGGAAGAUCCCUACAUUCGAAACAUUCACCAGAUAUAUAAUUUUCUUCGAUUUUGCGAGUUGCUUGUACGCAAAGGAACGGUGCGGAACGUUAAACUGCUUACCACUCAAGAUGAAGAUCCGGAGAGCCAAAACAAUCAGGUUAAGAGACUCCAAGGACUGAAAACCAGUUUAAAAAAACACAACAUAAAUCUUGAAAUUGGAUUUUCUCAAACGCUCCAUGAUCGCGAGAUUAGAUUCAACAAUGGCUGGGUGAUCAAAAUUGGUAGAGGACUUGAUUACUUCAAGCCCCCUCCAGGGAAGUUCUGUGUAGGUUUCUGCGACUUUGACUUACGAGAAUGUCAUGAGACAGUCAUUGACAUCUAUCUCAAGAAAGCAUGAAAAAGUGAUGAUGGCUUUUUAGCCGUUGGUGCACACAGUUCUACAACCCCAGUAGUACCUGUUACAAGCAUAUGUUUGACACGACAUCCCAUAGAGCUCACUCUAAGUGCAUGUACAUGGGACAGGAUGAUGAACCCCUAUUGGGUGGGGCAAAAGGGGCAGACCCAAUCUAGUAAGGGGGUGUGGUGGGAGUAAGCACAAUAAACGUGAGUAUAUUGUCGGCCCCUUGCAACGCUAAAAAGUUGCGAUGAAUAUUAAUCAAUUUCAUAAUUAUCCAAGAGGGUUUCAUAGCCGAUGUUUUGUUUUUUACUUCUAUCAAAAUAACUCUGGGUGACCUAUGUGACACUCAGGCAUGACACCUUGUCACAUGACUAGUGACAUCACACUUUGGAUAAUUAUCAAAAGCUAUUAGACCCUGCCAUAAAAUUAUAUAUUAUAUAAUAUAUUAUAACUGUUUAAGAUUUAUCCAAAUUUCUUAAUGGAAAUUGGGCACCAGGGGCCAACAAUAACUAUUCCCACUCUCCCUCACAAGUGCAAUCUGUUUUUCUGUUAGGACACAGGCUAGUCCCCUAAGCCUUAGUUUACAUGGUGAUCACUGGGUCACAACAGAAUAUAUUGUCUACUAGUUUGCAAAAUCUUACUCAAAUAUUUUGUGUCAUUACAAGAUAGUGCUAUUUUUUUGUAAGGCUUACCAACAACUUCACCUUUGGUGGGGGCAUCUCAACAAUAGGCUUCAGUUAAAUUUAGUUUUGUUUGAGAAGAGUGCAAAUUUUUUACCAAAAAUUUCUUUUGUAUUUUUUAUGUACUGUAUACGCUCAUAAUCAGUGGAAUAGGUUUACAUUGAGCAAAUUAAAAAUAAUUUAAUGACAUAAUAGUUUAUAAUGAAACCAUUGCAAAUUCACAGCUGUGUAUGGCUAGAUUGAGAUUCCUCAACCAAAUUUUAGCCAAACUGUUUGCUUGAUUUAGCUGAAAGAAAAAAAACCUUUCUCUUUCUUUCUCUUUUUUCCACCUUUUAGUGAUCUGUUUCAAAAAUUGCAAGCAUAACUGAGAUAAUUUAUUGUUAAAAAACUUGCAAUAGUGAGAGCAGCAGCUGUUCACUAUCCACACACUGAAGUCUUGAAUGUGCAACCAGGUCACUGAAAUCCUUUCAAAUGGCAGCAAUUUACCAGUGCUUGCUUUUAUAGCAUAUUUGAAGACGAUUUUUUGAACAGCAAGGUUACUCUUUGGAAUCUCAAAUUGUGAUAGUAAAUGAAUUUUUAUGUUUGCUUCUUAGUGAUGGAAGGGGGUAAAAAGAAAUGUUUGGAGGGGGAUGCUUCUCCUUUGAUAAUGCACUCUUUAUCCCAGUUCCUGUUUGUCCCUAAGGCAGGGUCAAUUAUGUCAUGGAGGAGAUUGCUGAGUUUACUGGGAAUUGUAAAGAAUUGAAAGCAUUUCCAUUUCCAAUUAAUGGAAAUUCACUCAAAGCAACACCAUUUUUGAAGCAGAUGGGAGCAAAUCCACUUACAGACAAUUAUCUUUUGAAGGUGAAGCAAUAUUCCAGAAGAAUAAUCACAGAACCAGAGGAAAAUAGAUAUUUUGCUUAUGAAAAGUGGAAUGGUAGUGACUGAAUUUUAUUUAAUUUAAUGCUUUCUUAAAUCAAACAUUGAAUGAUCCUAAAAGGGCAGCAAAUUUUGAAAUUAAUGCUUUGGGACAACUGCAUUGUGCAAAGUGCCAGCAACAAGACAAGACAUGAUAU